AUGCACGGCGUCGGACGCAAAGGCCUGCAGCACCGUUGCCUGCCAAGACACCUAUUAUGGGGUCUUUCGAUGAAGUCUGUGCUCCAUCUCUUGUUCUUCCGCGUCGUCAGCGACCGGCCGAAAACAAGCCAGGCCCUGCAACGGGUUCGACAAGUACGCUUGGUCCGGCGGUCGGGGGUGAUUUCCAGCACCGCAGCACAGCCCUUGGAGACUCGAGGGUCGCACCAGCUCGAGCUUCUGGGAGGGGUCUUUGAGGGUCCCUUGAGGAGUGAACUCCCGAACGAGAACUACUGGACGGAGGACAAGAAGAGCGAAGACGAAAACGAAAAGAAGGGCAGGGGCCCACCAAAGCAAAUAAUCAACAAGAGGAAACAGAAGAUUGAAGGCCGGGAUCUAGAGCGGGAGAAACAGGAUCAAGCGAUGCAGCAAUCAAUACCUCCUGUCCAGUACAGUGAAUCUCAGACCCUGCCAAACCCCGUCAACCGGAUAAGUAUCUCCCGUUCGACGAAAGCACCUAUGGCGACCAAACUGCCUGUCACUCGGAUUAACAUCUGA